AUGAGUGUACAAUUUCGAAUUGCUGGAACUGGACCCGUGGAAAAUCAGACGAAUAAGAAGAUUUAUAAUUAUAAUUUGAGUCAUAUUGUGAGUGCAUUUUGGGGUGGGAAAUUUGAAAAAUAUUGCUCCGAGACCCAAAAAUUCGAAAUUUUCACAGUUUUUUGGUCUUGAAGCGGAUUUUCGACGCCAAAAUUGAACCUUUUUUGGGUCUCGGGGCGAUUUUCAAGGGGUUUGGGGCUAAAAAUGUCAAAAAACCGCACCGAGACCCAAAAAUUCGAAAUUUUCACAGUUUUUUGGUCUUGAAACGAUUUUUGGCGCCAAAUUGAACCUAUUUUGGGUCUCGGAGCGAGUUUCGAAGGUUUUGGCGCCAAAAAUUUUGAACAAUCGCUCGAAGACCCUAAAAUUCGAAAUUUUCACAGGUCUUCAAGCGAUUUUUGCCCAAAAAAUAAAAAUGAAUCGCUCCAAGACCCAAAAAUUCGAAAUUUUCACCUCUUUUUGGUCUUGAAACGAUUUUUGGCCCUAAAAAUUAAAAUAAAUCGCUUCGAGACCCAAAAAUUCGAAAUUUUCACGAAAUUUUGGUCUUGAAGCGAUUUUUGGUGCCAAAUUGAACCUUUUUUGGGUCUCGGAGCGAUUUUCAAGGGUUUUGGCGCCAAAAAUUUUGAAAAAAAUCAUUGCGAGACCCAAAAAUUCGAAUUUUUAACAAAAUGUUGGUCUUGAAGCGAUUUUGGCCCUAAAAAUUAAAAUAAAUCGCUUCGAGACCCAAAAAUUCGAAAUUUUCACAGUUUUUUGGUCUUCAAGCAAUUUUUGGCGCCAAAUUGAACCUUUUUUGGGUCUCGGAGCGAUUUUCAAGGGUUUUGGGGCUAAAAAUUUUGGAAAAUCGCUUCGAGACCCAAAAAAAUCGAAAUUUUUACAAUUUUUUGGUCUUGAAGCGAUUUUUGGCUUCAAAAAUUUCAGAAAACCGCUCCGAGAUCCAAAAAAUCGAUAUUUUCACAGUUUUUUGGUCUUGAAGCGAUUUUUGACGCCAAAUUGAACCUUUUUUGGGUCUCAAAGCGAUUUUCAAGGUUUUUGGCGCCAAAAAUUUUAAACAAUCGCUUCGAGACCCACAAAUUCGAAUUUUUCAUAAAAUUUUGGUCUUCAAACGAUUUUUGGCUCUAAAAAUUGAGAUAAAUCGCUUCGAGACCCAAAAUUUUUUGGUUUUUGGCGCCAAAAGAAUUUUUUUUUUGAAAAUCUGAAAUUUCAAAGUUUUUACCGCCAAAAAUAAAUUUUCAAAAUUUCCUAACAAAAUUUUGAAUUCCCAAAAACCCAACAAAAUUUUCGCAGGUCAAAGGUCACAUGGAUUAUUCGAGCCGGUUAACCGAAGUUCUCGAAGCGGUCGGUGUGAAAACCGGAAAAUUUGUCGACGCAAAUCUGAAUUAUGAAAAAGCUGAAGAGGCUAAAGAGGAAAAAUAUGCGCAGGAGGAAAAUUGA